AUGUUCAGACGCGAUCUAACCUGCAACAAAUACCGGAAAAGAGCGAUCAUUUGGAUAAAUGAGGCGCUGUCAAUGACACAACGUUACAGCUGGCAGUUGAACGCAGGCAGAUCCUCUACCAAAGCACCCAAAUUGACCUUGACCAUAGAACAACUCGAUGUUGUCGGCGCCCCUCAGCCCAUCCUGCGCCUUGAUACAGGUCCCCUAGUCCCCCGUGGCAACGUGGAGAUGCAAACCGACAGGCCAAGGAGAAUCGCAGAUGUGUGGAAAAGGCAGUAG